AACUGUAGCUCUUGCCCUGAAGAAACUUAUGCAAAAUGGUGACCAAAAGGAACUGGAGUUUCCAUCAUCUCUUACCUCAGAAGAAAGGAAGUACAUCCAUUUUGUGGCUCAACAGAUGGGGUUCAAAAGCAAAAGUCGUGGGAAAGGGUCCUCACGCUACCUGACAGUCUAUAAGAAGGAAGGAUCAACCAUCAUGAGCAGUGAGGCGGUGGUGGCGCUGGCUGACUCAACCCGCUCCACUAUCCUAGGACUUCUGCAGCGGUGCCCUGUGACCAACAAGGAGAGGCAGGACCUUUUACCAGCAACGGAACGUGAUCGCCUCAUGAACCCUGAAUUAAGAGAUCUGAGCGUCCUGCGAUCCCUGGGCCGCCUCACCCCUGGCCCACCGCAGAUCCCUCCUCCUCCGAGCCUGAGCGAUCUGACAGCUGAUGCCAGGAAGCUCCCCAUAUGGAACAUGAAGGACCAGCUCCUGGCUGCCAUCCACCACAACCAGGUCAUACUGGUGUGUGGAGAGACUGGUUCAGGAAAAACAACCCAGGUACCUCAAAUGUUACUUCAGGAAGCUUCAUCCCUUGGAAAGCCUUGCCGCAUUUUCUGUACACAACCCAGGAGGAUAUCAGCCCUGACAACAGCAGAGAGAGUAGCAGCAGAAAGAGGAGAGAAAGUUGGGUACACAGUAGGAUACCAGAUCAGACUGGAGAGCAAAUUGUCCCCCAAAACACUCCUGACAUUCUGUACAAAUGGUGUCCUGUUGCGAACGCUCAUGGGGGGAGACUCCUCCCUGGCUAGUGUCACUCAUAUUCUUGUGGAUGAGGUACAUGAACGUGACAGGUUCACUGACUUCCUUCUGCUUGUCUUGCGGGACUGCCUCCACAAGUUCAGACAUCUGAAGCUCAUCCUUAUGUCAGCUGCUCUGGACGUCAAUCUCUAUGCCAAAUACUUCAAUAAUUGUCCUGUAAUUGAUGUUCCUGGAAGAUGCUACCCAGUCAAGGAAUACUUCCUGGAGGAUGUUUUAAAAUAUACCAGCUACCAAACACCUGAAAUGCUGAAGGCAUAUAAAGAGCUAGAGCAGAGACAGAGUGGUCAGAAGACUGCAGCAGCUUGGACACAGCAGAUGUCACAGCAGACACUAAACUUGGGAUCCAGUGCACCUGCACCAGAACCUCGAAGCAACAUCACAAGCAGUGACUUCAACAAGGGUUCUGGAGCUGAGGUGGAUAAUACUCUGAAAGAAGAAAUGGACAAAUGCAUUCAAGAAGCUUUCCUCACUGGUGCCGAUGAAGCAUUCUCUCAGAUGAUGUACUUAAUUAUGUCGGAAAAUGUGUCUCCAGAUUAUCAGCACUCCGAAACCUGGGCAACAGCACUCAUGGUAGCCUCUGGCCGUGGGCGUGUCGACAUAGUCGAGCAGUUGCUUGCCUUGGGCUCUUCUCUCACCUUGCGUGCAGCAAAUGACUGGACUGCAGCUGACUGGGCCCAGUCAACAGGACAGCAGGAAACUCUUGAUUUAUUGCAUGCCUAUAGUGCCUGUGAGGGGGUUGACUUGCUAACCAUCUCAGGCAAGGGAGUGCAAGGUAGCAGCUCCUCCUCAAAUCAUGGGAAUGUCAUCAGAGGUCCCUCAACAGUGGUGCCCCUAACUGAACUCUCGCAAGAGGAGAAGCGAAUGCUGGAUGCAUACCACCACUCAAUAUCAGAGGAGGUAGCUGAUGUAGACCUGGUGUAUGCACUGUGUUACAAGAUUCACACAUCUCAGCCCCCUGGUGCAAUCCUCAUCUUCCUGCCAGGGUACGAUGAUAUUGUCAAUCUCCGUGAUCGCAUCAUAGCUGAAGAGAAGCAGUAUCUGAUUGGUGGAAAAUACUGUCUCUUUUGCCUCCACUCCAGUAUGCAG